AUGGUUGAAUACCGUGACAACGAAGACGAUCCUGCGUCCGAGACCCUCCCUUUCACGGAUGAAGAGACCGCAAAUGGUGCGCAGAGUCCAGAGUUGCACGUCCAAUCUACUCCGGAUUCACCUACCACGACUGCGCUCCCAAUCCCCGUGUGGCUACGAGAAUCCGCCACAUCCUUCAAGUACAAAUGGGUGCCCUUGCCUUUCCGCAAAGCAGGCAGGGCAGUCGCAACAUGGGUCAAGGGGCCAGUUCCUCCUCGGGUCCUCAAGAUAGAGCCAAUAUACCCCAAGAUCCAGCAAGCUCCGAUUAGGCUGUUGGAUAAAUACGCGCCCAAGAAAAAGCACAGAGUCAUCCUCCUCAUGGCACUGUACGUUUGCUGGUUCUUAACGUGGUCGCUCAUGCUCAAGAGUCACUCUACAUCGGGAUUCAUCAAGGGAUACGGCAAGCCCAGCAACCUGUGGUGCGGCGCCAGCUUUUGGAACGAAGGCAACGGAUGCGGGUUGAACGGCAACAUGUGUCGACCUUUCUCCUCGGCCCAUUUGACUUUCCGCUGUCCCGCGAAUUGCAAAGGCGUUCAUUUACUGGAAGAACAUAUGGUCGGGAACCAGUCGUUGCGGUAUCAGGGGUUGGUCGUCGGCGGGCCCAAACCGGGCGAACCUGACUCGAUGCCUGUCUAUCGAGCAGACAGCUUCAUCUGUCAAGCAGCCAUUCAUGCUGGGAUCGUGACGGAAGCUACCGGCGGUUGCGGAGUGGCCACGCUCAUCGGGUCUCACACAAACUUCCCAUCCACCAUGGCUAAUGGGAUUGAAAGUACGAGCUUCCCGGGGACGUUUCCACGAUCCUUCACCUUCCAACGGCUGUCGCCCACCCAGGCCACAUGUCCCACGGAUUCGCGAUGGCCUCUUUUUGCGGUCACGGCUGUAGCACUGGUUGUUCUCUCCAUCUUCACCACCUCGCCCGCUGUCUUCUUCUUCAGCACCUUUAUCAUCAUGUUUUUCCACGUCGGCCUCGUCUCGGAUCCACCCAACACGGCCAAUUUCUAUGAAGCCAUCAGCAAACUAGUGGAACGUCUCCUUCCGGCGUCAUUUAUCGCAGUUAUCCUCUAUCGCGUCGCUGCUCUGCCACUGCUCCGCGGCCUCACUGCCCAAGUGGAGAAGACGGUGCUGUACUUGGGAUUCUGUUUUAUCGGCGCGUUGAACAACUAUACAUUUGCUCCGCUCAUCCCCAUAGAACGACUGACACCCCGGGACCUGGCGCAACCAGGCGCGCCGUUCGCGCUUGCGCUCAUCGUCACCAUCAUCCUGGUCAUUGUCAUUUCGCAAAUCCACUACAUCCGCGUUUCGGGCAACAUGCCGAAAUACCUCGCCAUCUAUGGCGCCAUGGCUCUGACGUUGAUCAUCCUCCUCGUGCUGCCCAACCUCCGACUGAGGAUCCACCAUUACAUUUUGGCGAUGCUGUUCAUGCCUGGAACAUUCACGCAGACGCGGGCCUGCCUCGCCUACCAGGGGUUGCUACUGGGCCUGUUCGUGAACGGGAUCGCCCGCUGGGGGUUCGCAUCCAUCAUCCAAACCCCCGCGGCUUUGGGCGAAGCGAACUCGGGCGGCGGGAGCGGCUCGCCGGGGUCAUGGUGGGGCGCGAAAUCGCCCAACGUGACCGCCGUCGUCGCACCAGACAUCUCCAACAUCACCUUCAACUGGGGGCCGUUGCCCCGCGACAGCGGCGUGGACGGCGUGAGCAUCCUGAUCAACGACGUUGAACGCUGGCGCGGGUAUACGGACGAGGAACUCUACUGGGACCAAGAAGGUGUCACGCUGAAAAGAAGGCACGAAAGAGGCGACACGGACGACGCGCUGGAACCCGAGUUCUUCAGGUUCGCCUGGAUGAGCGGAUCCCAGACGGGGCUGUACUCGCGCGUCGGUCUGUGGGAUGAACACGGCCAGUGGCGCGGGCCGGAGGAAGGGACCACCAAAAAUAUGGGCAUUGGGGACGGUGACGGUGCCGAGGUGAGGAAUUAUGGAGGGGAGUUCGAUGUUGUUGACGACGUCGAAGACGAAGACGAAGAUGAGUGGUCCCAGGAAGAUGCGGCAGAGUUAUAA